AUGUGGAAGCCCGGGACUGAUCGACCAGACGACACGACGCCCACUGUUGUAGAUGAGGACAAGACGUCCACAAUCAUUGACGAAGACGAUGAAGAAGCUCCAAUAAAAGGGAAAGACCUGCCAUCGCACAUGACGAAGAAGACGCCGUCCAAGUUUGUGCUGUCGCAGAAGACGCUGGCCAUGAAGUUCAUGCAACGCAAGAAGACGACAGAGGCACAGCGCAUCAGUGCUGUAAAGAAGCAGCACACACAAGACACUUGGGGGGAGUCUGUGCCCGAAGUCGACGAGCAGACCGACGACGGCUCCGAGAUCACCUGUACACGUGAUGUGCCCGACCCAUCACUGCCGCUGCUGUUUGGCCGUCGCUCUUUUGGAAGCUUUAACAAGGGUGUGGAGGACGAGUUCAAGGAAGCAUCUAGAGCGCUGCGUUUUGCGGCGUCGGAGGAGACGGAGCUUCGUGAAGAGGUCUCGGCUGAGGAAAUGACAUCUCGCAUGCUCAAGUACACGGGUCUGAGUCGUCGCAGUGGUACAAAAGAUGGCGGUAGACACCCUCAUAGCAACAAACGUCAGCGGAAAUAG